GAUUAAAUCAAUCCAUAGUGUUAUAUUAUCAGCACAUCGCGCGAGGACGUUUACAGUGUUUCACGCGGGAGUCAUUCAAUAUUAAAGUCAACUCAUUUUGUGCCGCGUGCACCCAAUAAAUACCUUCUUAUUAUUCAGUAUUUGUCUUUUUUAACAGGUCACAAACUAAACAGACAGGUGAGAUGUUGAGCUCCAAGCUCCUCACCUUGGUCCUGGUGGUCCAGCCAGGCAGAGUGCUGCUGGGCAUGAAGAAGAGGGGAUUUGGGGCUGGGAAGUGGAAUGGGUUUGGGGGCAAAGUACAACCUGGAGAAACUAUUGAAGAUGCUGCAAGAAGAGAGCUGCACGAAGAAAGUGGUCUCACGGUGGAUGCCUUCGAGAAGAUCGGGAAUAUCAAGUUUGAAUUUGUCGGGGAGACGGAGCUGCUCGACGUCCAUAUUUUCAGAGCUGACACUUAUAAUGGACAACCAACAGAAUCAGAGGAAAUGAGACCUCAGUGGUUUGAAAUUGACAAAAUCCCCUUCAGUCAAAUGUGGGCAGAUGACAGCAUGUGGUUCCCCCUGAUGCUCCAGAAAAAGAAAUUUAUUGGUUACUUCAAGUUUCAGGGUCAUGACGUGAUCCUCAGCCACAAACUGGAGGAGGUGGAGAAGCUGUGAGGUCUGACUGGUUC